GUGCGUUCCAUGGAUUGUCCACGAUAAAAACAAGCCAUAAAGUCCUCCACGAUACGAACCCGAAAUAGUAUUCAUCCGGUCCCUAUUCUCUCUCGUCUCAUCCUGUUUAUAUAUCUCAAUCCCCAAGCUAUAUUUCCCCUGCAAAUCUCCGGAGAGACAGACAGAGAGAAAGAGCCCAAGUUAUGGGUGAGAAGGAAGAGAAGGGAGAGGAGAAGCCGAAGAAGGGAGAUGGGGAGAAGAAGGAAGGACAAGGGGAGAAGAAGAAGGAAGAAGGAGGAGGAAAGAAAGAGGAGGGUCCGCCGGCGGUGGUGCUGAAGGUCGAUAUGCAUUGCGAGGGCUGCGCCACGAAGAUCAAGCGCUCGGUCAAAAGAUUAGAAGGAGUGGAAGGCGUGAAGGCGGACACGGCGGCCAACAAGCUGACGGUGCUCGGAAAAGUGGACCCUUGGAAGCUCAAAGAGCGGGUGGAGACAAGAAUCCGCAGGAAGGUCGACAUCAUCUCCCCCGCCAACCCCCCUAAGAAGGAUGCUGCCGCCGGCGACGCCAAGAAGCCCGCCGAAGACGCAAAACCCAAAGCGCCUGCGGUCUCCACCGUGGUGCUCAAGAUUCGCCUCCACUGCGAAGGCUGCAUACAUAAAAUCCGGAGGACUAUUCGCAAAAUCAAAGGAGUGGAAGAAGUCAACUUCGACGUGCCGAAGGAUCUGGUUACCGUGAAGGGCACGAUGGACGCGAAGAGCCUCCCGGCGAUCCUCAAAGAAAAACUGAAGCGAGGUGUUGAUAUCGUCCAGCCGAAGAAGGACGACGGCGGCGGCGGUGGCGAGAAGAAGGAGAAGGGCGGCGACGGGGAGAAGAAGAAGGGCGGCGACGGCGGCGGCGAGAAGAAGGAGAAGGGUGGCGACGGCGAGAAGAAGGAGAAGGGCGGCGACGGCGAGAAGAAGGAGAAGGGAGGGGACGGCGGAGGAGGCGAGAAGAAAGAGAAGGGCGACGGCGGCGGAGGCGAGAAGAAGGACGGAGGGAAGAAGGACGACGAAGGCAAGGCCGCGCCGCCGCCGGCGGCCCUAGUGGCGCCGGCGCCGGUGUCUGAGGUGAAUAGGAUGGACUACUACGGGCCGUACGGUUACCGCCUUGAGAUGGCGCACGCACCGCAGCUCUUCAGCGACGAGAACCCCAACGCCUGCUCCAUAAUGUGAUGUUCCACGGUGCAUCCUACCGCUUGUUAGCGGUAAUGAGUAGCUACUUGUAAUCGAUAAAAAAUGUAAAUAAAUAUAGAAAAAAUAGGAGGAAAAGGGUGAUAGAGAACCGAGCUGGGGACUGUAGCGGACAAAAUAGCUUUUGGGGCUUUUGCUAGUGGGUUUAAUUCGAUUUUGUUUGUUGGUUAAUCUGUUUAAUCCAGCUGUUUAUGAUAUCAAAUCCAUCAGUUAUUAA